UUUAGAAUAAAUGUUUCUCUCUCUUUGACGUUCAGAUCGCUAAGCUCAGGCUCCAGCUGCAGCGCAGUAAGCAGAGCGGAGGCCGGCAGUGUAAGGACAGUAAAGAGCGUCUCUCCCCCCUCCACUGCUGUAGCAGCAGCACCUCCAUUACUGCCACUACCAUCAGCACAGCCAGCCAAGCUCCGUCAUCCAUGUCGAAGUCAGCACAGAUGCCGCUGUCCAACAUCACAGUGCCAAAGGCCUCCAUCUCCAGGGUUCCCAGCAGCAUGGAGGGCAUCAACCAUGAGCUGGAGAAAGUCUUCAUCAAAGACAACGGCGAGAAAGAGGAGCUCAAGGCGCUGGAGGUUCCUGACGGGCGACGGGCUCCGUUUCCUCCUCAGCAGCGCAGCAGCAGCAGUCGCGGUAUAGACACUCAGACGCCAUCAGUGCCUGGACGCUCCAGCAGCUGCUCGAGCCUGUCGCCCUGCCCCUCGCCCGCAUGCCCGCCCCGCUCACAUGACGGCAGCCCUUACUCCACCGACGAGAUGCUGGACGACAGAGACAAAGACAGCGGCAGCAGUUCUCCUCUGCCUAAAUUCGCAUCGUCCCCAAAACCCAACAACAGCUACAUGUUCAAACGGGAGCCUCCAGAGGGCUGUGAGAAGAUCAAAGUGUUUGAGGAAAUGACGUCCAGACAGUCAGCCACCGUCCCCCUUUUCUCCUGCCCUGACAAAAACAAGGUCAACUUCAUCUCCACCGGCUCUGCAUUCUGCCCCGUCAAGCUCCCGGGAUCCCAGCUCCAGCACUCGGGCUCCCAGCAGGAGGACGAGGAGAAAGAGGAGAGCCAGGCCGGCCCCAGCGGCUCACACCACCACAUGCCCACUCAGGUCUCCACCAGCACGAGCACAGAUGACCCUCCCGAAUCUCCCUCCCAGCCUCAGAGCUUUGAAGUCAGCUAAACGCGGCAGAGCUGGUCUCGGUCGCGCCGCUCCGCACCCGUGUAGAGGACCGUUCGUUCCCCGCCCCAACCUUCCUGCUCCCCCCUGACCCCACCUUUGUGCUGAAUCUUUACUAUCUGCAUGGCAUAGCAACUGCGGCCCGAACGAGAAUCACAAAUGCAAAGGCAGCCGAAGGGUUGGAGUACGGCGGCUGGACGGGAACGGCAUCUGAAGGAUGCGUUUUUGGGAAAAGGACCUUAGAAUAUGCAAAUCCAAAAUUCUAAUGGCUUCACUGUUAUCUCCAUAAAUGAGUGAGAGUCUCAUACAGAAAUCUUAUUUAUUGAAUUUGCCUAUUUGAUAAGUUCAGUCACAUUCCAGAUAUUCCCGUUUUGCUUUUUUUUUGUGUGUGUCAGAUUGAUUCCGCGUUGAUCCCGAGCAAGCGCAGCUUUGCUUUCGUCGUGUGCUUAAAAUUUAAGCAAAGUGGCUUUUAUAUGAGCACUAUAAUCAGCGCAAAGCCACCGAUUUACGAAGAGAAAGACGACUGACGCUUUCAGGAAGGUCUUACUAGUGUCAGGGCAUGCAUUUGAAACUGAUCGUAUGUUUAACAUUAAAUUAUGUGUCGUGUUCUCUUUCAACAUCCACAGUAUGAAUAAGCUCUCUCUCACUAUCAAUAUAUCUAUAUAUGAGAAGUCUAUAUAUAAAGAAAAAGCUUGUUUGAAGUUAAAACCGUGUAUUGCUGUGUUAUGUGCAUUAUGGGAAAUGAGCUGUACUCCACGGGUUGACGACUGUCCAGGUUUCCUACUUUCUGGCGAUGGUGCAGAACGAGAAAAAGUACUGAAGGUUUUGUUUUCACACUUUGUUGCACAGUGUCCGCCUGCGGCCCACCUCGCUUCAGGUGCAUCACACGGGCUUUAAACUCAGGUAAAACUCCGUCUCAUCCUUCUCUGCGUUCCAUCACAUUCCAUGUUGGGAGGUUUGAGUGGGUCGGACACACUGCGAGUUGGAAACAUGACAUCGUACAGCCCUCAUGGAUCAGACACGCAUCCUCACAGUCACUAUAUGACACAUAUUAGCAUUUAAUAAGACAAACUACAGCUCAGAUCACAGGUUGGAGGUGUGUGAGAUGCAUUUCUGUCUAUUGCAGUACUGUUUAAGUGGCAUGUUGGAACUGAUUUUGAUAAUAAAAUUGUAACUUUUUUUUUUU